CCGCGGUACACUGGAUCACUUAUAAAGUCCCCCACCGUACCCAAACUUUUCUUCUCUGUAUCUGUCAUUGUAUCUGAAGUUCGUAACUGAUCUUUCCUGAUCUUCUUUCUCUCUCUAUCCGCAUAAACUUGUCUAAUUAGGACAGCGCGAUUUCCGUUAAUUGAUGCAGUUCGGAAUUGAGUACUGACGUGAAUUGAUCGCGAAAAUUAGAGCAGAAAAUGCAGGCAUCAAGGGCAAGGCUUUUUAAGGAAUACAAAGAAGUGCAAAGAGAAAAAGUAGCAGAUCCUGAUAUUCAACUUGUUUGCGAUGAUUCUAACAUAUUUAAGUGGACAGCUCUUAUAAAGGGGCCAUCUGAAACUCCUUAUGAUGGUGGAGUUUUCCAACUUGCUUUUUCUGUCCCUGAGCAGUAUCCUCUACAGCCUCCUCAAGUUCGGUUCCUGACCAAAAUAUUCCAUCCCAAUGUACAUUUCAAGACAGGUGAGAUUUGCCUUGAUAUCUUGAAGAAUGCUUGGAGUCCGGCUUGGACGCUGCAAUCAGUGUGCAGGGCUAUAAUUGCGUUGAUGGCUCAUCCGGAGCCUGAUAGCCCACUGAACUGUGAUUCAGGCAACCUUCUCCGAUCUGGCGAUAUCAGAGGAUACCAGUCCAUGGCCAGGAUGUAUACCAGACUUGCUGCUAUGCCCAAGAAGGGGUAAUAGCCAUGGGUUCUUUUGCUCGCAGAGUUUGGGUCUGAGUUGGUUUUUUCUUGGAUCUAUUUUAUUCAAGAUGUUAGUCUGCACAAUCUGACGCAAACAAACAGACUGAAAUGCUGCGUUUCACCCAUCUGCUUUACCAUGCGUUAGUAAUGCACUUACAAUAUCUGAUGAAAUAUGGAUUGCAUGAAUUAUAUUUUUCAUGACUGUAUGAAAAAAUCGUCUUUGAUGACCUUCUGCAAAGCAUUUUUAGCUCCUUUA